CAGUGCCGAUUUCGACACUGUGAAGAGGCCCUUGGCAGUGACACUGUGUGCUCAUUAUGGAGAGAGAGGAAAUGUUUAGAUCCACUUUGCAGAUUUAGACACAUGGAAAUGCAGCAAAACUGCAGCAUUUCAUGCUUCUGGGAAACCCAACCUCUUGGUUGUGUGAAGAUCAGUUGUAUCUUUUAUCACAGCAAACCUCGAAAUAUCAAUGGAUUAUUUUUGCCACCAAGUAGCAAUAUCACACUACAGAAAGAAAGUCAGGAAGGAAUUCCACUCCAGACCCAGAAUCAGGAACCUCUAAAACCUCAGGAAAAUAUAUCACGACCCAUCCACAACCCCUUAGUUUUAAAAACCAAUUUUGAGGAAGAAGAGGAAAUAGAUGAACAAAAUGAUGCUUCUAGUUUAUGGACAAAGACUCCUGAAGAAAUUGAAGAAAAAAGAGCAAUUAAGGAGAUGUGUUAUAAAUCUGGAGAAUACUACAGAUUUCAUACUCCUCCAGAUAUUUCAUCCUCGAAAAGUGUGGCCCCUACAGUAGAAAAAGAGUCAGAAAAGCCUUUGGAAAGUGGCAGUGAAUUGCAAGAAGGAGAUAGUCUUACAGUUCCGACAAAAUUUAGCCAAUAUGAAAGGCAAGGUGAAAUAAAAACAUCAUUGCAUAGGAAACCAGGGACUGACAUUGCUGCCUCUGAAAAUGGAGGAGGUGACUGUUAUGUUCCACAGAGGAUCAUGUUUCUUGGAGUAGAUGAAAAUGAAGCUUUAAUGGAAGAGAAAGAAAUCACCAUAUCAAAAUUUUCAAAUACUAAAGAUAACAAGGACAGUCCUCAUCCAAAGCGUUCCCUAACUACCCGACUAGUACCUACAACGCAUGUAUUAAAUGCUACUGAGAAUAUCAGUAUGAAGUGCAGAGAGGAUCCCUCUUCAAUGAAUGAUGUCCAGCCAAGGAAGCCUCAUUUUAAAGGUGUGAAAAAAAGAAAAUGGAUUUAUGAUGAACCAAAGAACUUUCCCGGCUCUGGAAUACAGAGAGCAGUAAAGACCCCAAGUCCCCAAAAUAAAAUGAGUUACCAUCGCAAUAAUAAAAAUCGAAAUACUGAGAAUGCAUCCUAUGUUCAUGUUCAAAGAGAUGCCGUCAGGAGUGUCUCGUUGAAUGCACCUCCCCGCAGCAGGCCCACACAGGCGUCCUACAAUAAAGUCCAUGUUAACAAGGAACCCAAACCCAACCUCAGUCCAGACAAAUAUAUGUCAACAUCAUAUAAUGGUUCAGCCUGGCGAAAACGAAUUCCUUUUUCAAAAACAUAUUCAAAAAGUGAAAAGAUAUAUCCAGAGCCAAGAAGAAAUGGGAGCAAGUAACCUGGAGGUUGAGAGAAGAGAAAAAUGAGAAAAAAGUGCCAGACAUCAUCUGAUUUACAAUCAAAAGUGAAAAUUCAAAGAAUGAGAUACUCAAGUACUCUAUGCUGUUUACUGGAUAGCCAAAGAUGAUAAAAAUGCAAAUUCUGAAAAUAAGAUGCAGGAAGUACAUUGUGCUCUUUCAAAACUGAUAAAAAUGCAAAUUACAAACAGCUGCCAGUGUAUUUAUGUAGGUCUGGAAUUCAUUCCGUGCAUUACUACAAACAUUUUAAUAAAAUUUAAAAGUU